CUUCGCUUCGCUCCGCAAAUUACAUUCUGUUCAUUGUUCGGCCAAAUAUCAUUCCAAGGUUGCGUCCUAAGCCUAAUUUAGCUAUGUCCAUCAGAGGGCCGAUAUUUAAUUUCACUUCUUAAUCCCGGAGACCUGGUCGAGGCUGGGCGUGGUGGGCUCCCAAGUUACUGGUUUGGCUAGUUGGUCGUGGGUAAUUUAUUUCGCCUCAUAAGGUGCCGGGUGGUUUUCCUGCAGCCACCAAAGUAGUCACUUGAGACGGUUUACCUCGUUUUCUUUCCUAACAAAGAAAUAGAAAUCUGGACCAACGCAACAUCGUUGUAACUUUUAGAACCGAUGCAGGAUCGAAUCUUGGCGGCAGCAGACGAUGGUGGAAAGUGGCUGCCCCGCUUUUACAAAGCCCACGGACCCCCUGUCAACUUUAUCCCAACCACACAUCCUGCGUCUGCGUCUGCAGGCUCGACGACCCUAAUCACUGUGCUGAGCCACCACCUGCCGGUCCCUGCCGGCCCAUCAGUUUACGCGCCGCACAUUGCAUAUGCUCCCAACUGUUGGUUUCUUCACAUGGACUUGGCUCCCAAUUUUUAAGCAGAACUACUAAAAGCUGCGUGCUGGGAGAUUACUCGUUUGGCUCGCUGAUUUGUUUCGCGAAUUUCUUGUUCAUAUUUAAAUGUUAACAGCGAGUUAAUUGUCGUUAUUAAAUAUGUAGGAUGCGCGAUGUAUGAACGCCCAUUGCUGUAUUCAAAGUCGGAAUUAUAUGUAGAAAUUAGGCGGUUAGGCGACAUCCACUUGACUGGUCCAAUAUUCUUCAAAAUUCGAAGUCAGCCUUAGGAAGUACCUAAAGAUAAGCACGGGGACACCCCACCACUGAGAUUGAACAGUCUCAGGAUCGUCAAGAAACCCUCCCUGUAGUUCAAUCAUAUCCAUUACCGCCAGAUAGGUUAACCUAUUAGCUGAUACCCAACGCCCUAGAAAAGACCAGCUGUGUUAGCAAUGUUCUGGCUCUCGUUAAUAUAGUGCAACUCACAAAAUGACAUGGCGUCUUCCGGAAAGCAUCUCGUGGCACGGAUCACAAAGAGAAUUUCGGCCCCGUUAAGCCAGAGACUUUCAUCGAUUGCCUGGAGGCAGAUCUCCUCUGCUUGUCGACGAAUUCGCUGACUGCGAGGAUCGGGCCUCCAAAACGUCUGUUGGACUCCGAUAAGUCCACUGUUCCAUUGUUAGUGAUUUGGUAACCUGCACUCGUCUCGUGAAGAGCUCGCUCACGUUGAGAAAAAUUCCCGAAAUGCAGAUCGGAAUAGAGACUCAGAUCCAUAUUUCUCCGAGAAUUCGUUUGCCAUAUGGGUCGCCUCUUCUUCUUUGAGUAAAAUCUUUCUUUCAACCAACUCUCUAAGAGCGUCCGGGAUGUAUUCGGGACCAGGAAUUUUAAUCUUGUCUAUGAGAGAAAUAGGUUCAUUGGAGUAGUCUUCAAUCUUCGGGUGGACGUUGUAAAGUUGCAUCAAGCGUUGAACGUCAUUGAGACGGCCUUUGGUAGCGCUUUUUGCGUGUCUAUUUUGAGUCCUUGGGGUAAUACGCAGAGCACUCUCCUCUGUAAAAAUCCCUCCCUCAAGGAAUAAUUUGACGCUACCGCGGAACUUGUCUUGGGGACAAGACUUGUGUGAAGCCAGGAGCACUCCCGCUUGCCUUUUGAGUACAUCUUUCGCUGUGGCUGAUAGCUCUCCCAGAGUAUGCGGCAGUGCGUUGUCAAAAACGGUCGCGACGUUUGCAGACUCAAGGAAAUGUACUUGAUCCAUAUUCGGCGCUGAUCCGCUCGAUUCAAAAGGGAGACUAGGGUUUAAAAUAGCAGCUUUAGAACGGGCGUUUAACAUGUAGUUAGAAGUCGAUUUAAAAGUAAUAAUGAAAUCAUUUUUCUGGCUCUCUUGUUUAUUCUCACUCCUUUACAACUCCCAGUCACUGAAAUGGUUUGAACCACCUGGGCGGCAAGGUGAAUUAAAUAUUUAACUACUCCGUACUUGAGGGGUCGCUAGCCUCCGAAAUUCAUCACCUCGCAUUCACUUUCUGUUGUAAACAAAGAACACAACCGCCUAUCUCUCCUUGGUGAGCUCUGCUCUACUUUUGUCUCUUCUUCCUUUUUGUCUCCCAGCCUUUCUCCCUCCUUUUCUCCUUUGUCUUCUCCCUUUCCUCUUCUAUUAUGAAAACUACUUUCGAUGAGUCCCUGCACUAUUGCCAUUGUUCCACCACCGAAUAUCCACCGUUAUAUUAUCCACCUAAUUAAUGAUACCCUGAAUAUCCCCCUGUUCCACGGCUUGUAUCUUCCUGCCUCUGCGGCGAUCAAGCAAAAGUUUCCAAUUACAGAUUCAAAUGGCUACGGCUACAGCCUCCGUCAUGGAGCCGAUGUCAAGGUCUCUGGACUUAGUUAUCGAGCUUAUUUGGCAACAUGCUAUGGCCCAUCUCAAACAUACUAAGAACGAGAUUCUCCUUCCCGCUGAUAUCAACACCGUAAUCGGCCAAGACAAUGUUGAGAAGAUUAAAGAUCGCCUGAGCGCACUGCUCAGCACGCCCGUCGUUGCAUUCAAAGAUGAUGUCAACAGUGUUUAUCGCAUUAUGCCUACGCCAGUGUUGGAUGGGGCUGUAGAUUCUGCCGUUGCUCAAGUCAUGCCGAUGAUCGCAACGAACAGCGACCAAAACGCAAGCCCAUCUCCCAAAGCCAACAAGGCUGCUCAAGGAAAGCCUGAAAAAAUCCCGCGGCCACCAAAUGCAUUCAUUUUGUAUCGUCAGCAUCACCAUCCACUCGUCAAAGCAUCUCACCCAGGUUUUCAUAACAACGAAAUAUCAGUUCUUCUUGGGAAGAGGUGGAAAGCCGAGUCUGCUGAGACCAAAGCCCAUUUCAAGUCGCUUGCGGAUGAAAUCAAGGUCCAGCAUGCCAAGGAUCAUCCUGACUAUCAAUACGCUCCCCGUAAGCCAUCCGAGAAAAAGCGUCGGUCGACGUCCCGCCGUGACGCUCACCACUUGGCGUUGAAUGAUACGCAGAUUGUCAGCUCGGCCCAGUUUGGUGCUGGAGAAGCUGGAACUCCAAUGUCUCAAUCGGAUGGUACAUAUGUAAAUUCUCUUUCACCUGCAAGUGAUGAGAAUAACAUAGUCAAUGACGAGCGUAACUUCGACCUCAUUGUUCCGCUCUCCCCUGGUCGAGGAUUUACGAAUAUGACGAUGAAUCACAGCACCAAUUACGUUAUGGGUUUCGAAGACGCUGGAUUCAUGAAUUUUCAAAUUCGACGCCUAGGCACAACAGUCACUACUCCCCAACACACCCAGGCCCAUGCUACCAGUACGACGGGCUUAGCGGGCCAUUGGUCCAAUUUAGAUUUCGAAUUUGACAACUACUUUGCCGGCCUUGGACAGUGAUACCCGAUUUUCUGCCUACAUUUCCGUUCGAUGGUCUUACUGGGUUGGGCACCCCUCCAGCCCCUUAUUUGAAGACAGUGUUAAAAUGAUAUUAACAGACUGUUCUUCUUUCAGUACAGGCUCCGCCAGCAUCUCAAUAGCAUGCAUUUCAAAAAGCCGUUAAUAAAUUGCCCUAUCAACGACUGGUGGAUGGUUCUCCCAAUAUGUAUGUUAAUUUCAGGACGAGUGUGUGGCUUGUGUUUCAUCGGGGGUCUGAAGUCCAUGUCGCGUUCAACUUAACAUCUUGAACUUCCCACGAGAAAGCCAAACGGUAGCCCAGAUCUCGUACAAACAUGGUUUGGAGUGGCGGGCAAUGCAUUAUAGUCUGCUGUUUAAUCCCUCAUAGCUGGAAGCUUUUUCCCUGAUCUCUGAGGUCAGAUCUGGCUGAAGCACGUAUCAGAAAAUGUGUAUAUAAAUAUUCACUGAAAUUACACUCGAAGCGUUAUGUCAAAAGCCUAAUGCAGCGUCAAAAUUCCAAACUAGACUACUAUAUCUCAGCUGACGGUGCCAACACUGGGUCAAAUUAAAGAAUUGAGACCGGCCAAGCACGCCCCAAAAAAAUUAGAAAAAUAAAGGAAGCA